AUGCCCUCCCCGAAACGAAUCGUCCUCGAAAAAUCCCGCACCGUCCGCCGCCGCUACCAACGCAGCAACAAACGCCUAGAGUUCUCAGCGUCUCAGAUCGCGCGCAUCGAGCGGGAAGAAGCGCGCGAGAAACGCGCCAAGCAGCUCCGUGAGCGCGAGAAGAAACGCAUCGCGAAUAAGAAGAAGAAGGCGGAGAAGGAGGCCGCGGAGCGUGAGGAACGGAGGAAACAGGGACGUGGUGGGUUGCUGGCGGAUCAGCAGUGUGCGGAGCCGGUGCCGAGUAGUCAGCCUUUGUUGUCGAGGUUUUUGAUGAAGAGGACUGCGUCUGCGCCGGUCGAGGCGGAGGCGGAGGCGGGUUCUCGUUCUCCGCAGCGAGAGGAGAAGGGGGAGGAUGAGGAUAUAGAGAAGGCAGAGUUUGGGUCUGAGUCCUCUCCGGGGAGUUCGAGAAGGGAGAGUCUCGGGGAGUUUGAUGAGGAAGGGGAGGAGAGCUUGUUGGCAGAUCUAGAAGGUCUAGAAGGUCUAGAAGAUCUGGAUGAUCUGGACGGUUUGUCGGACGAUACGAUUAUCGCAGGGCUUGAGAAUGGACUCUUGCAGGAUGGAACAGUGGCUACGGAGAAUGUUGGGACGGGUGAUACCCGCAAAGGCUCAAUGCGAGAGAAAGACGACGACGAAUUCUCCGACUGUUCGAUAUUCUACGACGAGGAUCUCAUCAAAGAAGCGGAUAGCAUGGCGACUACUGCAAAACCCCAGCCAGCGGAGACGUCGGAUAGACCGGUUCCCAUCGGAUUGCCCGUGGAGGAAUCAUUCCGCGACGAUACGGCGGACUUGCUGGAGGAGUUUGCACAUGAAUUCGAUACGGAUGAAGAAUUUGAGCGAGAGUUGGUGCAGUUGGAUGCCGUUUGA